AUGGCACAACAGUGUUAUGAAGACAUGACGAGGCGAGAGAAGAAGCCAUCGGGGCAGAAGACAAGCAUAAAAAAGAAGAUUAAGUGUAAUUUCUACAAAACCCCAGAGCAGUAUUUUACCGGUGAAACACUUGAAAAUUUAAACAUGAAAGAUGCCAAGAAAUGUAUGAGGAGCAUGAAUCCCAUACUUGCUUUCAAACGUGACUGUCAUGCUCUGAGCAUGCUGACAGAACGUAUGAGAGUUUAUGAAAGUAAAAUAAUAGGCUAUGAGUCUCGAUGUGCAUUUAAAAUCUAA